AUGGCUACUACAGAGACGACAGAGCUGAAAGCUCAAUGGAAGGCCGAGGUGGUCUUGCCUGAGUAUUCUAUGCAAGAAAUCGCGGCGCAUAACACCAAGACUGAUACCUGGAUUGUCAUUCACGGACAAGUCUUUGAUAUCACCGAGUACCUGCAAGAUCAUCCUGGUGGCGCAGAAGUCCUCGUUGAAGUAGCAGGUCAGGAUGCCACCGCGGCCUACGAGGAUGUCGGCCACUCUGAAGACGCUCGCGAGAUAAUGCAACCCUACCUAGUAGGCACUCUCAAAGAUGCGCAGCAAUACGUGCGACCCAAGGCAGUGCGCGUCGUCUCACAAAGCACACCGGAAACCCCCAAGACCUCGUCAAUAGGCACUGUGGCAGUUGUGGCCGGCACUUUAAGCGCCAUCAUCCCAGCCAUCUACAUCUACAGCUCCAGCACACACUUUACCAAUGGCCUAACCUCCAUUUCCCACCUUAUCCGUCUCCCGCGUGGCGGUUUCGUAAAUGGCUUCCUCGCCGCCAGCCUCAUCUGCGGCACCAUUGGUGUCUACGCAGCCAAGCAGGCGAGUCGCUUCACCAAAAUCGACUCCGGCUUCAUGCGAUACCCACCACGCAUUAAGUCCAAGAAGGUCAUCCGAGUCGACCCGCACCUCACGCGUGGAUUCCUCGAGCCUCAAACCUACCAGGACCUACCCCUAGUGGCUAAGCACCAACUCUCCCCCAAUGUCUACCGCUUUGUCUUCGGUCUCCCCGAUCCAACCACAGUCCUCGGUCUACCAAUCGGCCAACACGUCGCCAUCAAGGCGAUUGUCGACGGCGCCACGGUCACCCGCUCCUACACGCCUACCUCCAACAACCUCGACCGCGGUCGUCUCGAGCUAGUCGUGAAAUGCUACCCCGACGGCCUGAUGAGCAGAUACCUCUCCGGCCUGGAGAUCGGCGAAAAUGUACCCUUCCGCGGACCCAAGGGCGCGAUGAAGUACACCAAGGAUGUCGCGCGGCAUAUCGGCAUGGUCGCCGGCGGCACUGGGAUUACACCCAUGUAUCAACUGAUCCGGGCGAUCUGCGAGAACGACGCCGAUAGAACUCAGAUCAGCCUGGUCUACGCGAACCGCAGCGAGGCGGAUAUCUUGUUGCGUGAGGAACUGGAUGCCUUUGCUCGGAGGUAUCCUGGUAAUUUCAAAGUUUGGUAUAUGCUGGAUACCGCGCCGGGAGGUUGGAACUAUGGUACUGGCUUUGUGGAUGCUGAUGUCCUGCGUGAGCAUAUGCCUGCCCCUGGUCCUGAUACGAAGGUUCUGCUGUGUGGACCGCCUGGUAUGAUUGGUGCUACGAAGAAGAAUCUGGCUACGCUGGGAUUCAAAAAGCCAGGGACGGUGUCGAAGAUGAGCGAUGAGGUGUUUUGCUUCUAG